AUGGCGUCUGGUCUAUGUCGUGAUUGUAUCGGGGUAGUUCUCUGCUGUAUCCACAAUUUCGAAAUAUGCCAAUCAACUCAACUUAUCGACAGGAACAUGGUGAAAGAGGGGGAUGUGGGCGUCGUGGGUGGUGUGAACGUUGGCUUGCCGGUACUAAUGACUAUGGGUGCGUUCCUGUCCAUAGCGCUGUACAACGUCAUUGAGCUCAACUUCCUCAUCUUCGCAAUUUUCAAACGGCGGAAGGGAGUAUACUUUUGGAGUCUCCUAGUCGCGACCUGGGGCAUUGUCCCUCACGCAAUUGGCUUCAUCUUCAAAUUCUUCCGGGUUAUCUCGAUACCCGUGUUGUCCAGCGCCCUGGUUGCGCUUGGCUGGCCAUGUAUGGUGACAGGGCAGUCACUUGUGCUAUAUUCUCGGCUCCAUCUGGUCGUCAAGAAUAAGCGGAAGAUACGAUGGGUGUUAUACAUGAUUAUCUUUAAUGUUGUUGUUCUGCACUUCCCUGUCAUCGCCCUAGCUCUCAGUGCUGAGGCAACGCAUUCAAAUCGCAUCAUUCGUGUCUUCACCACAUACGACAAGGUCCAGAUCGUGGUUUUCUUCAUCCAAGAGGCUAUGAUUUCCAUUAUCUAUAUCUACGAGACGGUACAUUUGCUGGGGUGCGGCGGCCAGUACAAUGACGGACCCCUACGAAAACUACUUGGCCACCUCAUCUUUGUCAACGUCGUGGUUCUGGUGUUUGACGCCACUCUGCUAGCCACGCAGUUCACUGGACACUAUGAGAUCCAGACGACGUACAAAACGGCCGUGUACAGCAUCAAGCUAAAGAUCGAGUUCUCCAUCCUUAACCGUUUGGUCCAUGUCGUUAAGAGUAAACAUCUGCUCGGCAAUCAAGGAAGAUUCGGAGAUGAUACCGUUCCUCUAAGCACUCGAACAAGCAGAAAGAAGUCUCAAUUUACUACCAGUGCGGGUCGCCAGGACUCCUUUGUUAGGGUGAACGACAAGAAGUCGAGAAUUGGCAAUGGCAAGAAGCCAACAAUGAAGGCGUCAGACGGAAGCAUCGAAAAAGGCUAUAAUUUGGACGGAAAGCACGAGGUAUCCGAUUCUAAGCUAACUCCAAACGACUGUUGCAAGCCAGAUAAAAUAUUAACGCCCCCCUAUGGGUACGAUAUGCAUUAGUAUUCUUACCAUACGUUCUCUAUAGAUAGG